AUGUCAUCAUCGAUUUCCAUCCCUCCACUCUAUAUUAAUUUCCCCUUAUUCCAGAUAAUAUGCGACGAUCAGGGAGAAGUCAGCAAGAUUGUCGCCGGUCAAGACUUUGAACUCCGCGGUGGAAGGAAAGGUCGUUUCGAACGAUUCUUUGUCCUCGAAGGACCAGCACUACUGAUCAAAAUGCACGUCGAACAAUUGUGUAAAGCUCUUGACACCACCGAUUUGGACGAUGAAAUACGACCGAAAGCGAGUCAUGCACUCGAAGAGUCCGAUAUUGAGUUAGAGGACCUUCAACGUGUCUCAACACUCGGAAUGGGAGGAUUCGGACGCGUCGAAUUGGUACGGUCAGCCGAGAGAACGUACGCAUUGAAAAUAAUGAAUAAGGCACAUAUUGUGGAGACGAAACAAGAGAGUCACGUUGUCUCCGAACGCCGGAUAUUGAUGAAUUGUGAUUGUGAUUAUAUUGUUGGACUCUACAAAACGUAUCGUGACAGCGAGAAGAUCUACAUGUUGAUGGAGCCAUUAAUUGGUGGAGAGAUCUGGACGAUUCUCCGCAAAAAGGGUCGUUUCGACAACGAUUUGACUCGUUUCUACUGUGCCGGAGCGAUGGAAGCCCUCGAGUACCUCCACCGAAAAAACAUUGUCUAUCGAGAUCUGAAACCGGAGAACAUGCUUUUGGACCGUAACGGAUGGCCUAAAUUGGUCGAUUUCGGGUUCGCGAAGAAGCUGAGAAACGGUGGAAGGACGUGGACAUUCUGUGGAACAGCCGAGUACGUGGCACCGGAAAUUGUGUUGAAUAAGGGACACGAUUUGUCUGUCGACAUUUGGGCACUCGGAAUUUUCAUGUGCGAAUUGUUGACUGGAUCACCUCCAUUCUCCAGUACCGAUCCAAUGGUGACGUAUAAUGCGAUUUUGAAGGGAUUGGAAAAGUGGGCGUGGCCAAGAUUCGUCACAAAAGAGGCUAUCGACAUGAUGCUAUCCCUCUGCAAGUACGAACCAACCGAACGGCUCGGAUUCGGUGACAUCGGAGAGAUCCGUCAUUACAUCUGGUUCGACAACUUUGAUUUCGUCGGAUUCCGUGCCCACCGUAUCCGUCCCCCAUACAUUCCAUCGGUAUCGAAUGAAGUGGACACUUCGAAUUUCGACACGUUCCCAGCUUUCGAUAAUUUCUCGUCAGGAGUCGAUGAAAGUGGAUGGGAUGAGGAAUUCUAA